UUAAACAGCAGAUGUUUUACACUGCGGCCGUUACCCUCAUUUCCUGGGCGGAGAGCUCCUCGCUCUAUUAGACGAGUAACAGGAACCAGAAAGAAAAGAAGAGUUAGAGAGAGAGGCAGAGCGAGGGAGCGCGAGAGAAAAGUUAGCCGAGCUUCCACAAAUCACUUUGUCACCAGCAAGCUCUGACAAGCACCAGGAGAGAGGGAGCGCUCAAGAGACGGGGAGAGAGGCAGGGAGUUAAAUAGAGGUGCGAACAGGGAGUUGUGUCAGAGGAGACUCAAGAGGGAAGGUGUGAAGAAGCUGCAGAGGGCAUAAAUGAGGUGAUACCGAUGGAUGGACAGAGACAAGACUACAAUCUGAUUCUCACAACAGUGUGAGCUAAGAGGGACUGUCACUCCUGCUACUGCUGCCGGUACUGCUGCUGUGUCUGGAUGAUACCCAGUUAAAGAGAAGCGUCUGGGACGUCAUUGUGUUACCUGUGUGGCUGAGUCAGAGGCUGGCUCAUCACUCCACGUCUGUCCGCCCACUGGGAUUCUCUCCAUUUGCCUCUAUGCAAAGAGGGCAGAAGUUUUAGGUGGUUUUUACAGCAACAGUGACAGUGGUGGCACCAGCAGUCCUGAACUCUUCGGACUCUCCACACUGCAUUAAUUGUUUCGCUGUGUGUAAACACCUUGCGUCACUCACACCUCUCCCCUGAGUGAUUCACUGUUCCCUAAGCAUCCCCGGUUGGAGGCAAGGCAGUGAAAGAAAAGGUAAGGGAGAAUUUGCUCAGAACCAAAGUGCUUACGUGGGUGCGAACAGUCAGGUUGACACCAUGAAGCUGACGUUCAUGAUGCUCAUGGUUGUGUACAUGGUGGGCAAUGUAAGUGGUAUGUCUACGUGUAAGACGCUGGACCUAGAGAUGGUGAAGAAAAAGCGCAUCGAAGCCAUCAGGAGCCAGAUCCUCAGCAAACUGCGUUUGCCAAAAGAGCCAGAGCCAGAUCAGGCAGGAGAUGAGGAGGAGAUCCCCUCCACCCUACUGUCCCUCUACAACAGCACCAAGGAGAUGCUGAAGGAGCAGCAGACCGAGGUCCAGACAGACAUCUCCACAGAGCAGGAGGAGGAAGAGUACUUCGCCAAGGUCCUGCACAAGUUCAACAUGACCGCAAAAAAUGACACAGGAACCACCAAGACGUCAAAAAUCAUCCCAAUGUUCUUUGACAUCUCCGAGAUACGGCGGAGUGUGGGGGAUUACCGCCUGCUGACCAGUGCCGAGCUCCGGAUGCUCAUCAGGCAAACUAACAUACCUACUGCUGAGGAGCGGGUGGAGCUGUAUCAGGAUAUGGGGACAACAUCCCGCUACCUCGCUUCCCGCUUCAUCACCAACCAGUGGAAAAACAAAUGGCUGUCCUUCGAUGUCACUGAGACCCUGCAGAACUGGCUCAAAGGGAAUGAGGAUGAGCGGAGUUUCCAACUUCGGCUGUUUUGUGAAUGCGGCCAGACAAGUGAUGACCGCGGCUUCAGUUUUACCAUCUCUGGGAUAAAUACUGGUAGGGGAGACACAGGAUUGAUACAAACGAUGACACAGCAACCGCCCUACAUCCUGACCAUGUCCAUCCCUCAGAAUGUCAGCAGCCACCUCACCUCACGCAAAAAACGUUCCACGGAUGUAAAGGAUACAUGUACAGCUCAGACAGAGACCUGCUGCGUGCGGAGCUUGUAUAUCGACUUCAGGAAAGAUCUGGGCUGGAAGUGGAUACAUAAGCCAACAGGCUACAACGCUAACUACUGCAUGGGGUCCUGCACCUACAUCUGGAAUGCUGAAAACAAAUAUUCACAGAUUUUGGCCCUGUACAAGCAUCACAACCCGGGAGCCUCUGCCCAACCCUGCUGUGUUCCCCAGGCAUUGGAGCCCCUGCCAAUCCUCUACUAUGUGGGCAGGCAACACAAGGUGGAGCAGCUGUCCAAUAUGAUUGUGAAGUCCUGCAAGUGUAGCUAAAAAUACAGCAUGGCACACGGCUCUGCCUCCCCUCAAACAUACACAGAGAUGUGUCUGAGACCACAGAGAGGAGCAUGUGAAUGGAGAUAAAGGGGACGAGAAUAAUGUGGACGAAGGGAACAAAAUAUUUAAAGCCAUCGGGAUCUUUGUGGUCAACCUUUCCUCUUGUGAGCUCUACCAUUAUCAUCUUGAACGCACAUCAGUCAGUGGAGUUCCUUAUAAAGACAUUACAAAUAUCAUUUUCUGUGUGUAUACACUUUUUACUUGCAGUAGUCAAAAAAUCUGUCUUGAAAUGAAUUAAUUUAUUUGUUGGAGGGACAGAUCUGUAAAAAGGUGAUAUACAUGCUUAAAAGGGUGUCACAGUGAAAAGGAUAAAAAUGAUUUAUAAAAGCCCUAAAAUGUGGAUAAAGGAUGCCAAAGGACACGAGGACCAAAAUGACCUCAAUGGAAGAACACUUUUGUUUUCACAGAUGAUUGUCUGGGACAUUUCUGUAAUUUCCAUGUCAUCUUCCUAAAGAGGUCAUAGUUAAAGGUGCUAAAUCCCAGGUGUGGAAACAGUGGUUGUUGGGGUUUUCCUGGACGAUAACGCCACAGGUGUUUUUGAAGAGAGUUAUGGCGUAAAGGACAACAGACAACCGCAGGGACAGUCCAACCUGGGGAAACUCCCUCUGACAGAGAGGCUGGAGUCGUCAGCCAUCUGAGCAACAUUUCACAUGAACCGUCCAUCAGUUUUACUUGCUUUGUUUGUUUUUUCAACCCACGUGAUUUAUACAAUGCUUUUUGUGUUCAUA